AAUGAUAACAGACAUUCCAAACUGGAAAGGAGCCGAGAGCGCGAUUGCGAACGAGAGAAACGGAUCCAUUCAAGCGAUUUCUCUCGACUCGUCGUCGUCGCACAGGAAAAUUAUACGAUAAAAUUUAGCGAUUCCGAUCGAGAACAUUCAGUCUUCGAACCAUCGUCAUGCCAAGCAAAGCGGCCGAUAUUAUUGCUGCUGCUACUUCCAUUUCGUGUGUAAUACCCCAUUGAACGAGGAGAGUUUUUUUUUGCGAGAAGAAAAUGAACGUGCUUUGUGGAGUCUGAAGAAUUUCGUAGAAAAAUAUUCAAUUUCCGCGUGGGAAAAACAUUUCGUUGAAAUAACAUUUUGUUUCAUCCCAUGCGAUUUUGUUGGGUGAUCUCGGAACUGAUUUUCGUUGGAAAUAACAUUACAAAUUUUGUUUAGUUUUGCAUUAAAAUAAGUUCGAGUGGUUGAAUUUUGGCGCAGCAGUGAUUUUUUUUUUGUGCGGUUCUCUGGUUGUAUCGUGCUGGUUUCAUUACGCUAUAUCGUGUUAAUUUUCGAUACAAAGCCGCUGGCAGAGUAAAAACAAACACAGAGCCCUGACUAAAUCCGUUGUUCAAACAAAUGAAUAUGCAAUCGCCAAUUUAUUCGACGGAAUAGAGUGGGAGAGAGAAGAAAUCGCUUAUCGCCGAUAUUUGUUUGAUUUUAUUCAUUCGCAUUGACAAACAAAGUAGCAGCUUGUUGUUGUGCGUACAAUAAAUCGAAAAUAAUUUUUUCUUCUGGUUGUGAGCACACACAAAAAAAACCAUUUUCAGCGCACUUGGUGUGAGACUUUAUUUGGUGUCUUCGGUGUAUGAAACUGGUAAUAAGAAAAUUUGAUCGCGAAAUUUUUUUCAUCCUCUUCGAAAAAUUCAAUUGAAUGAAUAGACGUGUGUGAAUAUGUGUGUGUGCUAAUCAAAUUUAAAGCAUGGGAAACAAUCUAAAUUUGAUAUGUGUACAUUUGUAACAAACCGAAAAUCACAAUUCCAAUGGAAGCGUACACUAUUUGAACAGUUAAUUAUAGUGUCUGGGGUUUGGUGCUGUUUACACGAUAUGCAAAAACUAUUCCGGAUUCAACUUGUUGACUUGCUAAAUGUCGUACGUGUUUAUUUGACAAUGGUCAUUGUCGAUGUGCAUCAUGUAAAUUAAAUUAUUUGCGCGAUUUCAUGAAAAAAAAAACGUGUCGAUAGUGAUAUCAUCGAUUUGGCCAAAGCCCCAGUGAACUCAACUCACUGUUUAUUCAAGUGGCGAACGAGUGCAGACUGUUGAAUUGCUGAACGUUGAUACUUCGUCCCAAGAGCGAGAGUGAUUCAAGCGAGUGGAAUAUGUCGUCAUCUCAGCAUCCAAUGUGCCGAUCGUUUUCAGCAGAGGGCCAAAAAAAGGAUUGGAGCAAGCGCUUAUCUUUGAGAGGCAAUCCACGCAUCUCGAGAGAGCAGGAGAAGGAUGGGAACUCUCGCAAGGGAAUUGGACGACGUUCAACCUCAUUACGACAGUCUCGAUCUCCACAAAUCUCGCUCGAAUUACAAGUACCAUCGUUGCAAUCGCCCAUAAUUAGUUCACUGACCACUACCACAACCACCACACCGAAAAAAUCCAACUGGGAAGUCAUCGAACACUUUAACAACGCUGAAAAGGGUCGUGGCUCUGUCAGCAGUAGCUUGAUUGCGGUUGGGGUGACUCGUUUCAAUAUGGAUGGGUCUGGUUCAAAUCACUCGGUAUCAACAUCAAAUAGCCCAAUGAUGAACAGAGACGUGCAACAACCUUUUAAUCAAGGUCUGGGAGAUGAAUGUACCGAGCUGUGCGAAACGACUGCCAAUGGGUCGACUGCAUCGUUUUGGAUUCGUCUGAAUCGCUAUAUUAUUCGCUUGUGCAGUACACAUCAAUUUAAAAAUUUACAGGUGGAAAUGUUGUACCAACGGUAUUUUCUUCGAAUGAAUCAAAGCAACACGACACACAUUUUAAGUUUGUUAUUGGCACUAGUUUUGUCAUUGGCUGCCGUACAAAUUAUUCUCAUCCCGAUGGAAUCAGCAACAAGUCAGUCGCAUCGAACACUACAACGAAAUCGUGACAAUGACACGGUGAACAGUAAUUUCAGCAACAUAUCACCGCCGCUCAAUCGAAGCCACAACAACAUCGCAAACUAUACACCGGAUGCAAAUUCGCAACAGAAUUUUGUGCGCCUCAAUUAUAAUUAUUCGACGGACAAUGAAACAGUGAGUGACAGCAAAUAUGCAAGCAAGAGCAAUGUGCUCCGUAGUCGACGAGCAUAUGAAACGAUUGUGGACCAUUUGGAAAAUCAUCACUUUGUGUUGACAGCAUCAAAAGCGUCAAGUCAGUUCAACGAUCAUUAUUAUGCCGAGAGAACGGGUGAACGGCAAAAACGCAACUCCGCACCAAAUGUAAACAAUUGGAAUCGACGGAAACAAUUUAUUCGCCUGAUGAAACGCGAUAUAGAGCAACAAGCAUCAACAAGCGCAUGGAUAAACGACAGAGCUAAAGAAGUGAUUGACAUUGAUGAUAAUAUCCCGUUUAGAGCAAACAAUGCCAGCAUAAAUGACAGCACCACUCAUGCCGUUCGCACAGCGAUUCAACCAAAUGCAACGACACCCCCGUACGGAGUCGAACCGGUUGGAAAGUUUAUGUUCGAGACGACAUUGUUGAAGACUGAAACAAUAGUUUUACUAUUGAUGUUUGGCAUAUGCACAAUCAUUUAUAGCAUUCUUUUAGCUGUUCUUUCUAAGCCGGCAAUGAAUGAAAUAUUUCUGGUGCUGGUCUCCUAUGUAAUAAUAUUAACAUUUUUGGCUAUAGAAAUUUGUUUAUUUUUUGCGGCUGGUAACAGGGGUACUACAUCGGCCAAUGGAUGUGUAUUGAUUUUCGUCUACAUGACCUACACUAUGCUACCGGUGAGAUUACGUGAAGCAUUGUUCGGUGGUUUGCUGCUAUCAAUUGUUCAUGUGUAUCUUAGUUCAACGUGUUCGCUGCAUGUUAAUUGGUCUGAGAUUGUCAGCACGGUGAUAGCAUUGAUAUGCACAAAUUUGGCAGGAGUCUUCACACAUUGGCCCCGAGAGAAGGCUCAACGCAAAGCAUUCAUUGAAACGCGCCAAUGCAUUGAGGCUCGCCUACGGACACAACGAGAAAAUCAACAGCAGGAGCGUCUGUUAUUGUCGGUUUUACCGCGCCAUGUUGCGAUGGAAAUGAAAGACGAUAUCGCUGGUAAACCACAAGAAGCGCAAUUCCAUAAGAUCUACAUCCAGCAACAUGACAACGUUAGCAUAUUGUUUGCGGAUAUCUGUGGUUUUACGACUUUAUCGGAUCAGUGUACGGCAGAGGAACUUGUUCGAUUGUUAAACGAGCUUUUUGCAAGAUUUGAUAGAUUGGCUGCCGAGCACCACUGUUUACGGAUCAAAUUGUUAGGCGACUGUUAUUAUUGCGUCAGUGGUCUACCUGAGGCCAGGCCCGAUCAUGCACAUUGUGCUGUCGAGAUGGCUUUGGAUAUGAUUGAUGCGAUAGCAUUGGUGCGCGAAGUGAUGGCAGUGAAUGUGGAUAUGCGAGUCGGGAUACAUUCGGGUCGUGUACACUGCGGAGUGCUAGGUCUAAUCAAAUGGCAAUUCGAUGUAUGGUCGAACGAUGUAACAUUGGCCAAUUACAUGGAAAGCGGUGGAAUUCCUGGACGCGUUCACAUUACCAAAGAGACAUUGAAAUGUCUGGAUGGUGACUAUGAGGUGGAAGAUGGCAAAGGCUAUGAACGUAAUUCCUAUCUGAAGGACCAUCAAAUUGAAACAUAUUUAAUUGUACCGGGCGAUACGUAUCGUUUGAAUAAACGAGCUCAUCAUUCCACAUCAAUUAACGGCAAUAUAUCGAAGGAGCUUCGAAUGAUGGGCCAUACAAUGAGCACACAGAAAAAUGCAGCACGAUUAGGUUUUUCCGAUUCGAACGAUAGUAAAGAUCCGGAAGAUGAAGUGAACGAUUAUCUAAUGCGAGCCAUCGAUGCACGAAGCAUCGACCGAUUGCGGUCGGAACAUUGUCGAACGGUGUCGUUGUCGUUUAAAAAACCAAGCAUUGAACGAAAAUACAUAUCUGAGCCCGAUCGAAUGCUUGCCAAAUACUUUUAUUGUAGCCUGGGUAUUUUUGUUGGCAUAAUGCUAAUCCAAAUCAUAGUCUCUCCAUUGAACGAUUUCAAUUACUUUUCAAUUGCGGUGUUAGUGAUAGUUUUAUUUGCAUCGUUUUUCAUUCAGCUAACCAAAAAACUCAACAGCAAUUUUGCGAAUGCAUUGACGGUGUUCUCAUCUCGAUUACAAAGCAAUCGAACGUAUGCUCAAGCGAUGGCAUUGCUGGUGGUUUGUGCUGUGACGCUUUUGGCUAUAUCAAGUAUUUCAGAGUCAUUUUUUAUUACACAGGAAAAGUGUGAUCUAAACGAUACAUCGAUUAUGCAGCCAGAUGAUUUGGUAUCCAAUAUGAAUGCGAAAUGUGAUUAUGAUUUCGCCGUAAAUACAUUUCUACUGCUGACAUUGUUGUCGAUGAUGAAUUGUGUAGUCCAUCAAGUAUUGAAAAUUCUGCUAAAAAUAACCCUUGUGAUUUCGCUGUGCGUCAUUUUCUUCACGGUUGCAACAGUACAAAGCAUCCAUUUGGAUAUGUUCAAUCAUGAGAGAUAUAACUGGAAGGAACAAGUUAUUGCAUAUACAACCGACGCGGUUUUUGUAUUUAUUUUUGUGUGUGCGCUGAUAUUCCACAGUCACCAAACGGAAGCCACUUAUCGAUUGGAUUUUAUAUGGAAAUUACAAGCAACAGAAGAAAAAGAGGAGAUGGAGCACUUACAAGCAUACAAUAGAAAACUACUUGAAAAUAUACUACCUGUUCAUGUGGCGGAACACUUUUUGAGUCGCGAAAAGAAUAUCGAGGAUUUGUAUCACGAACAAUGUGAAAGUGCUUGCAUCAUGUUCGCAUCGAUACCGAAUUUCUCCGAAUUCUACGUCGAACUAGAGGCAAACAAUGAGGGGGUCGAAUGUUUACGAUUGCUUAAUGAAAUAAUCGCUGAUUUCGAUGAAUUACUGAGUGAAAAGCGCUUUAGUGACAUCGAAAAAAUAAAAUCAACGGGCGCCACAUAUAUGGCGAUGUCAAUGUGUCAUUUGAAAAUUUGCCCUCAUAAUUACUUAAACAAAUCGAGUGGUCCAACGGAGAGCACGUGCGAUUUAGUGGAUUUUCGUCAUGUUACCGCCAUGGCCGAUUAUGCCAUGCAACUUUUCAACAAAAUUGAAGAAGUUAACGAGCAUUCGUUCAACAAUUUUCGCAUGAGAAUCGGAAUAAAUGUUGGACCGGUAGUCGCUGGAGUUAUUGGGGCAAGGAAGCCGCAAUAUGAUAUCUGGGGCAAUAGCGUAAACGUUGCCAGUCGAAUGGAUUCGACCGGUGUUUUGGACCAUAUUCAAGUGACCCAAGAUGUGUACAACAUUUUAGAGCCAAGAGGUUAUAAGCUGAAAUGUCGCGGUAAAAUCAAUGUCAAGGGAAAGGGUUCGAUGAUAACAUACAUUUUGCAACGAAAAAAUGCACCCGACGAUGAGCAGCUAACGCAUCAAAGUAGCAAAGUGACUGCAACCAGUGAAGAUUAUGAAGUGUACGAAGUAGACGAUCAGAUAAAUGAAGAGAGUGCUCGUCUAACACAAAAGCGUAAAUCACUAUGCCGACAGCACAAUAUUUUUUCAUCGUUGACGAAUAAAAGUUUGGCGUCCGAGCACUCAAUGGGUGGUAGUCUCGAUUUGCCGGACGAUGCGAUGAUCAAUGAACGAACCAAGUUGCUAGACAACAACAAUCAAUCAAAUUCAUCGCCGGCGAAUGUUAUUAGCCCCGAUACAUAUCUCAAAGGAUUCAGGCCGUUACCUCAAGCAAUCCUCAAAGAUUCCAUCGAAAGUUUAGAGAAACUUUUGAAAAAUGACAUCAAUCUGUCGGACAUAAGCACAACAAAGACGCAAAUAACAACGCAACAACAACAUCAACAAGCAAUCACCAAAAUUAGCAUUGAAAGUUCGGAUACGGCCACUUCGAUUUGUAGCAAUGAUUCGAUUCAAACACAAACAGCGAACGAACAUUUCGUAAAUAGAACGAAUUGCAAUGGUGACGGCAUUAAUUCGAUGCCAAGCACCACAAUUAAGGAUGAAUGCGAAAAAAUGCCAUCACCAAUGCCACCAAAAGAAACUGCAUCAUCUGAAGAUGGUCUAAUUAAGAAUAUUACGAAAAAAAUCCGAUUUCGAGACGGUAGUCUAAUGAAAUUGUCCAAAUCCUGGUAUCCAGUUGGUACGAAAUCGGACCAAACCAAUCAAAAAACCAAAAUUCCAAACAGCAAAAGCUUACACCUAAUAUCAACUCAUAAUCAAAAUGGUUCCAUUUUUCUCUAGUCAAAUUUCUCAACAACAACAAUAAUGAAAAACUUGAAAAUAAUUCAGUUUUGGUUUUAAGUUUUCGGUUGCUUAUGCUGAUGAAUGAAAAAAAAAACACAUUGAUAUAAAAUCAAACUCAACUUAUUUCGAUUUCAAUUGAAUAUAUUUUAAAAUAAAUUCACUUUUCGCCUUCGACAUUUCAGCACCACAUUAUUAUAUUUAGAUUUUAAAAAACUCUCAAAAAAUGCGCCUAAAACUAAUUUACCGAAUUAUUUUUUUUUGAACAUUGCUUUUAAGUGUGAUACAACAAAAAAAAUUGUAGACAAUUUAUUCAAUAGGUCUAUUUCAAAGAAAUAUAUAAUUAUAUACAUUGUUUUGCGUUCUUAUUGAUAUGUUUUUAUGUUUAAAGAAAAUGAACUUAUGACAAUUUAAUAAUUUUCUCACAAUGAGAUGACAUUUUCUUGCGUAACAUUCAAUUAAGAAACUAUUUUAUUGUUCAGUCAUUGUUCCUAAAUUCAGUGAGGUUAAGACGAGCUAAGAUUUAAGGUAUGGAUUUGAAUGAAGACGGUUUAUUUUUCACUUCAUCUUUGCCACUUUUGAUUGGAAUAUUGAAAAUUCUACAAAAAUGAGUACUGAUUUGGUUUUUGUAGUAGUUGCCAAUCCAUUUUUCGUUCAACUUGAAUUCCUUCUAAAUGAAAUAUGAAUGAAAAUAAACGAGUCGUUUAAUUGUGACAUUUAUAUAAUCAAAUUAGUACAAUCUAUGUGCAAUUUAAUGCCCAACUAAUAAAUGUUUAUUUAUAUUAUACAUAGAUAAGGCUCUGAAAGCAAAGAAUCAAUGAAUGAGAAUUAUUGAUGUACAUAUACACUACGUGGAACAAAUACAAAAAUAGAUUCAAGAAGAUUGUAUUUAAUAAAUGUGCAAAAAUAAAACAAAAAUUUUGAACUCAAUGGCAA